UCUGAAGCCAUCGCCAAUCAAAGUUUGUUGCUCAAUUUGCUCAAGAUUUUCCUUCAUUUGGAUAAGAGAAGAAGGGGAAAGGAAGAAUGAAAGGUAGGAGUGAAGACUGAACACGUGCCCUUUAAACUCUGAACAUCAUUGAAAUGGCAGAAGCGGAAGAUUUUGGUUGAACAUGUCUCGUUCCAUUUUUAAUUUUUGCUCACAAUUUCUUAGAUGAAUGUCAUCACAGUGUUACCAAGUGCAUUCUUCUGACUGAGGUCAGUGUCAUGACCAGUAGAAAGCGAAAUUCUGUUCAGAAACUGUUUAUUGUCUGAUCUCCCAAACAGAGAUGAUUUAUUACAUGUAAUGUAAUGUUUUACGAAAAGUAACUUAUAAAUAUAAAAUAUAAAUCAGACAUAACGUGUUAAUACAGCUAGUACAUUAAAGUUGUUGAAACUAGCAACGGGAAUUAUAUGUAAAUAUUUCGUUCUUAUGGCUCGAUGUUUAUAUAUAUACAUUAACAUGUUCGUGUAUUAUUUUAUUCUCUGUGGUAUUUUUAUCCACAUAAGUUUCGUAUCGCAAUCAACGUGCUGUUAUCUUGUUCUGGAAUAUUAGUAACAUUUUUAACAGAAGGAAACUGCUACUUCUGGACUAUGGAGAAGUCAGCAGGAAGGCAUUACCGUUAUGAACCAUACCAACAACAGUCUCACCCGCAGAAGAAUAAUAACAAGACUGCGUCUCUCAAGAGAAAUGAACAGUUGAAUCAAAACCCGCGUCCCAGUGGCCGUUGUCUGUGUUUUCGAAAGAACGAUAGUGGUUGUGCCCAGGGUGUGUUCAGUAAUUUAGGAAUAUGUGCUUUGUUAGUGGGAUAUACUUUGCUGGGAUCCUUUGUGUUUCUAGCUAUAGAAGGCGGUGGAAGUGGUAGUACUAACGGGAAUUAUCACAGACCCUCAACCUCAUUAACCGCAGUGACUUCAAAUGUCGAUACUCAGAGGAGACCUCAAGGUCAAAACUCGUCACAAGAUCCUGCUGUAUCGACGUCAUCGUGGUUGAAGCGUGUGGCUGAUGAGUCACGUGCGAGGACGGUUGAAAAUAUCUGGGAUAUCACAGUAUCAUUAAAUAUUCUGUAUCGGGAUAAUUGGACUCGAUUGGCUGCACAAGAGAUAUCAAGAUUUCAAGAUCAGCUCGUGCAGAGGCUGGCCGAGGAAAUGGCGAUACAGCAGCGAGGGGCGGCAUCUUCUGGUAGCGGAAGGGAUCAGCAGAUGCAGGAAAGGCGGUCAACAUCGUCGCCUUACGAAUGGAAUUUCGCCAGGGCGUUUCUCUAUUCUCUGACAGUACUCACAACAAUAGGGUAUGGGAACAUCGCCCCGCGGACUGCCCUGGGGAAAGCAGUGACAAUGGGAUAUGCUGUAUUUGGCAUCCCACUGAUGCUGAUCUACUUGUCAAGUGUUGGCAGUCUUCUGUCUCGGUGUGUUCGUGGUGCGUUCUCACGUACUGUUUGCUGUUGUUUCUGUUCAAACUGUGGUUAUUGCUGUUAUGACGAGAGGAGGAUGCAAGAAAAAGAACGUCGCAUGAAGAAGAAACGUCAACAGAUAGAACUACAGCAGCAACAACUGCCGCUCCAAGAACCUUUCUAUGUCAGAUCAUCAUCUUCAGUAACAGCAUUCACACCAUCAGCAAGUAGCACGCACAAUAAUUUACAUUCCCCAGUCCGCGAUGGGGAGGUACUGAAGUUACAACAAUCAUCCUCAAUCCUAGGGGAGACAGAUUACGGUACUGACAAUCUGGACAUUGACAGGAAAAGUCUGUCUCAGCAGUACCAUAGUGCUGGCAGCAUUCUGGCUCCAGUACUUCUUUGUUUGUGUAUCAUGUUGUGUUACAUAUGUGGUGGUGCUGUUGUUCUCACAAAACUAGAAGCAUGGACAUUCCUUGAUGGCUCCUAUUUCUGUUUCAUGAGCUUAAGCACAAUAGGUUUUGGAGACAUUGUUCCUGGUGGAAUGGUCUCUCAUCAUGCAGCAAACAGAAAUUCGAGCGGACAAUCUGUAGGCAGCUUUGGAAGUGGGAACGGCACAGUAUGGUUUUGUUCACUUUAUAUUCUAAGUGGGAUGGCCCUAACAGCAAUGUGCUUCAAUAUUCUUCAUGAUGAGAUUGUUCAUCGUCUGAAACAUCAUGUCAGGCAUUCUUUGCGCCAUGAUAAGGAUUCGUCAUCUAAAGGUAGUAAUAAUUUUCUAGAGGAUGCAAAUAGUGGUGAUCCUUAUUCAACAUCGUCCUGACACCUGCAACAUCAACACCAACAUCAGCAUACACAACAGCAAGUUCAGCAAAGAACCUAUCAUAGGAACAUGACUCAAGAAACCCUAGUGUCCAGUGGUACGCCCACCUCCAUGUUCUCUGGAGUGUUAGACCAGAAUGAAGUGACUGCCACCAUCAAGCGGGGAGAUAUUCACCCAUCGAGCAUCCCCAUGGAGGUGACGGCCCCAAUACCUGUGCUGCCCCCUGUACUUCCAGUUCCUGAUGAGGCCAAGGCACCACAAGAACCUGCCGAGAGUGAGGUUCCUGGUGUAUACACUGUGCAGGAAGAAGAUGAGGAUGCUGAAGAGAACACAGAGAUGUGAUUGGCUAAUGGAAACUAAGUGCAGAAGUAGAUAAUGAAGCUGAAGAAAUUCAGAGGUGUGACUGCCUGAUGGAGAGUUUGCAUGCGAGGAAGCAGAACCAAAGAGAUAAGAAAUGUAAUGAGGCUGAAGAAAAUAUGGACAUGUCAUUGACUGAAAAUUUUAUCAUCCUGCACAGCGUUGAAAGGAGAAGAUGCUGAAUUGAAGAAGAGUAAUAUGAACCGCAUAUAUACAGAGCAAGAGGUAAUGAAGAAGGGAAAGGAACGUAGAAAAUGUUUAAUAACUGACUGUAGUUAUCUUUGAUUCACAGGCUGAGAGGACACAAGGAGGAUGCUAAAUACAUAUUACAAGUUUAAUUAAUGGAGAAUGAGAUUAAAUUUUAAUGAGAUUUCAACCUCCAGUGCACUGAUGAAUAGAUAUUUAAAGCGGUUGGUCAAGUUUUAGAGCUAUUAAGAAUGAGGGUAUGGUUGGUUACUUAAAAUGAUAAUUUUUUAUUUCAUAAGUAGUAAAUAUCAAGAUGGAUUUCUGAUACCAUAAUUUUAAAAAUUAUUUGUGGCAAAUGCCGUGACGUCUGUAACAAAAAUAAAACCAUAUGUAUGAGUGACUACCAAGUUUAUAAACUCAUUUUACAGUGCAUUCUCUGUUGGCUGCCUUAGAUGGUAGCUCUAUUUGAUUAAGUUUUCAUAUGAAAAUUUAUUGUUUACGAAAGUUCAUAACUGAGGUAACUCUUACUCUGUGGUAGAAAUCACAUGACUUCAUGGGAGCAAGGAGUUAAAUCUUUCUUGUAUAAUGUAAUUUACAUCUAAUUUACUGUGAAAGGAACGAACAUCACAUCAAAAUAUCAUAAAUCAGAAUAUGUCUGUGUCAAGUAAAAUUAUAUUGGAGGGUAAGCAAAUUAAGUCCAUGUUCCAGAUUUGUGCUAUAUUUAUUUAACACUGUUAUUGAACAUCAGUUCAAUUCAUUGUUUAUUUGCAAUUCAGCGGCCAGUAAAUACAAAUAAAAGCAAAAAACAAACCAAAGACAAAACAAGGUAAUUUAUAUAAAAACAGCAACAACAACAUUUUGAAAAUGUGGAAAAGUUCAAAUUUGAGAAGAUGACUGAGAAAUUAAAAUAACAUAUAUGAAGAAAUUAAGGGAAAAUGAGAUUCCAGGAAUACUUGACACCAUUCAAUUCAAAAACUUAUGUCUUCUUUUAUACUGAUAAAAACGUGUAAGGAUUUACAUAUACAGUAUUCAUUCAUUCAUCAGUAAUCUGUCAGACCACAGGUCCACAGUCUCUUCCAAAACAG